UCAUUCCGCAGUCUCAAUACCAUUACUCCAGCUUUGCCUCUCUACGCAGACAUCACACCCGGAGAAUUACUUCUCUUUUGAAUAACACCUUCGCUCUUCACAUCUUCACAAUGGCUCCCAGACAACGCGUCGUCUCUGCCCACCAGGAAAAGAGCUUUUUGGGUGCCGCCUACGAUGAAGUCACUCAUCCUGAGAACGCCACCAUCGUGAGAAGUGUUCUUGUCUUCGGCGCCGGUGUCGCUUUCCUUUACAGCUCUCUCAGCGAACUCCUGCUCCCUCCUUUGAUUCAAACUCUUGUGGAAAAGACUUCUCUUCGAAUGCUGCGUCCAAGUAUGAUUAAUGUGGUCGAGACCCAAUUGGAUCUCAAAGAUGAGCUAAUCCAAUACAAAGACCAGUCAUACGCAGACAUACAUUACGGCGAGCAUGUGGCCAAACGAAACUCGCUGGGGUACGAUGCGCGUACGCCCUGGCUACAAGACUCUAAAUCGCCUCCGACAUGGCGGACUCUAGGAAACCGGGCGGUUCGGCCGUCUCUGCCUCUCGAAAACAUGGUGGCUGCGGUGCAGGAUCUGAUAGACCCAGAUUUUGACCCUCUUAUUGCCAUUCUCGAUGAAGAGCCACGUUUUCUAAAGCCACUUCCUUCUCACAUAUCCCCGGAAGACCUAGAGUUUCUACGUUUCCGUGGAGCCCUCUCGAUCCCAGAAAGCGGGUUGCGCAAUGAGUUACUACGAUGCUACAUCAAAUGGGUACAUAGCUUUAUGCCAGUGUUGAACUUGCAGGAUUUCCUGAGGUGUGUGGCGGAGAACGAUCCAAACGGUAACAUUAGCCUCCUGCUAUUUCAGGCGGUGAUGUUUGUGGCAACGGCCUUUGUGGAUCUUAAGCACUUGCAAGAUGCUGGGAUACGUCUGUGGUGGAGCUUAUAUUCCCGGGACCGUCUCAUCUCCUUGGGCAUGAGACGCCCUACGCAAGUCAACGAAGGAACCAGCAACGUCCCAAUGUUGAGACUCGACGAUUUUGAAUACGAAUCUUUUCACCCAUCUGCCAUUAAUAUGUUCCGUUGUCGCCAACUGGAGGACCUAUCCCAUCAGAAGCGUCUGGCGACCAUGUUCAUGGAGAAAACUAAACUUUGUCAAUGCAUCGGUCGCGUGCUCUUCGCCCAGUACUCUCCGUCGCAGCGCCUGUUUGGCAUAACUAACCGGACCACUAUUACUUUAGCCCCCAGGCAAGCCUCAGAAUCGGAGUUGGCCCGAUGCAGUCAACGGCUUGACUCGUGGGCUAAUUCCCUCCCAAAGGAUGCACAAUUCAUCCCUGCUUCGAAAACGAAUUUUAACGAUGGAGAAGAUGUCUUACUUCUCCAUGGUGCCAUGGUAAGAAUGCUGUAUCAUGCUACCAUAAGUGCCUUAUAUCGACCAUGGGCGUACGGGUCCAACAAGGGCCAGAGUAAGUCACGCAUCGAGUUGACCAAUACCGCUCGGUCAAAGAUGCACGAUGCAGCUAUAGGGAUUACACAAAUCAUCCAAGGCCUGAACCAGCUGAACCUCACUCAAUUUUUGCCCCAGUCUGGCGUGACAGUCAUCAUACCUGCUACUGUGCUACACUUGGCUAACUCCAUGUCUGAUAAUCCUACGGUGCGAGAAGCCAGCAUACGUAACUUCCACCGGUGUGUCCAGGUUUUGCAGGGAUUGAAAGAGCUAUAUCCAGCUGCAGAUAUGGAAGUUGCCAACAUCGAAGCCGCCGUUAGAGUCCAGUCAGACAGCGCGAGUACAUUACUCAAAAUCAUGCAAUCCAACAGUAUCAAUCUAAGCCAGCCACAACCCGCCGAGCCAUAUCGGAGGGGGAGCGAUGUUGCCACUAUACAGACAUUAUCCCCAACUGAAGACCAAACACCAGAGCAUUGGGUCCCACCAACAGAGACGGACACCGUGAAUAAGCCACACAACCCUGGUCCAGAGCCCCCCAAGCCCAGCCCCGUCGACCAAAGGUCGAAGCGGAACAGCACUGCAAUCAGUACAGCAGCCAACAAUACUAGUACCUCCCCAUCUAAGGCUAAGCAAGAUUACCUUACGCCUACAAACGACUUUGACGAUCACUUCAGCUCCGCCUUCAACACUCAUUCUCCUCUGCCUGACUCAUUCAAUCCGUCAAACUUUCUCGAUAUAGACUCAAACAACACUGAAUUCCCACUCUUCCAGUCCUCCAGCCAUCCGGAUAUUGAUAUCGACUGGGCAGAGGACUUCUUACGAGGAGCAGAUUUCAAGAUUGACUUUUCUAGCUCCGUGCUAGAGGAUCACAGCAGAGAUUUCUUCACGUUCUCAGAUAAACAGGUAGAAAACUCAAAUGCUCCUAGGAAAGAAGAGAUCACGGGUGAUUUGGACAAAGACCUGGGGCUUAACUCUGGUGACGAGAUGUUUUAG